CAAAACAAACAAAUCCCGCCGGCUUCUUCUUUCAGCUCUCUCUCAUCACUACUAAAAAACAAACAAAAAAACUAAUUCCCGAUCUCAAUUCAAUUAAAUUAUUAAACAACUUUCCGGUACCGGUUUUCAUGAUGUUCCGGUUAAGUUCCGGCGAUAUCGCCGGAUUCAAACUACUGUUUUCAUUAGCGAUCAUGUACGGAAUGAUGUCAAUGGUAGCGUAUUACGUUAUGCAUAUGAAAUUUAUCACUCCCUUAGGUCUUGAUGCUCCUUUGGAUCGAUUUUCUGAAGCUAGAGCUAUUGAACACGUUCGUGUUCUUGCUCACGAAAUUGACGGUCGUCAGGAAGGGCGACAAGGAUUACAUGAUGCUGCUAAGUAUAUUAGGACGCAUUUGGAAAUGUUGAAGGAUCGUGCUGGACCUAAUGUAAGGAUUGAAAUAGAGGAAAAUAUAGUUAAUGGCUCUUUCAAUAUGAUGUUUUUAGGUCACAGCUUGUCUCUUGGAUAUAGGAAUCACACAAAUAUAGCAAUGAGGAUUUCUUCUGUAGAAUCAACAUGUACAGACCCUUCUAUUUUAUUAAAUGCACAUUUCGACAGUCCACCUGGUUCACCAGGUGCCAGUGAUUGUGGUUCUUGUGUUGCAUCUAUUAUGGAGCUAGCAAGAAUAACAGUUGAUUCAGGCUGGGUUCCUCCUAAACCCCUUAUAUUUCUGUUCAACGGUGCUGAAGAACUUUUUAUGCUUGGUUCACAUGGAUUUAUAACAAGUCAUAAGUGGCGCGAUACAAUUGGUGCUUUUAUAAAUUUGGAGGCAUCUGGGAGUGGAGGACUUGAUUUCGUCUGCCAAUCUGGACCUGGGUCUUGGCCUUCACAAGUCUAUGCUCAAUCAGCUGUACAUCCUAUGGGCAAUAGUGCAGCUCAGGACAUAUUUGCUCUUGUUCCCGGAGAUACUGAUUACAGAAUGUUUGCCACUGACUAUGGGAGCAUUCCUGGACUGGACAUUAUCUUUGUCAACGGGGGUUAUUAUUAUCAUACCUCUACUGAUUCGGUAGAAAGAUUAUUACCUGGAAGCCUUCAAGCUCGUGGGGACAACUUAUUUAAUGUGGUUAAAGCCUUCACUAAUUCGUCUAAGCUGGAAAAUUCACAUGAUCGUAAACUUAAGGCAGUCUCCGGUGUGGAACUCGAUGAUGAGCAACCUAUGUUUUUUGAUUACUUGUCAUGGUUCUUGGUUUAUUACUCUAGAAGGCAAGGGAUGGUAUUUCAUAGCCUCCCUGUUGUCAUCUUCCUACUUCUUCCAUUCUUUCUGCGGUUUUCAAAGUGGGGUCUGCUAUGCUCAAUUGCUGCCUUAUGUGACUUCGUGAAAGGAACCUUGUUCCAUAUUAUCGGGGUUCUCUUUGCUGUUGUAUUCCCAGCUAUUUUUUCUAUCCUGAGGCUGUUAUUCACUGGACAGUCAAUGAACUGGUUCGCUCAUCCAUACUUGGCUUAUAUGAUGUUUGUUCCAUGCUCACUUGCUGGGAUGUUAAUUCCAAGAUUGCUUUGGAAUUUUUUCCCUCUCUCUCAAGCUGGCUAUAUUUACAAAUCAUCAAAAGAGGAACUUGUUGAGGAAGCUCGGUAUUGGGGUGCAUUUGGCUUAUAUGCGUUCAUCAGUAUGGCUUAUUUCACUGCUGGAUUAAGUGGAGGCUUCUUAACCUUGUCGUUAGCUGCUUUUAUGGUUCCUUCAUGGAUUAUUUUUCGCUUAUCUGUCAAGUAUUAUGGCCGUGAAUCACUAAGGUCAGCAGCAUUGUUAGUGGUACCUUCAAUACCUUGCUUUCUGCAUUCGGUAUAUUUUACUGGGUUUCUAGUUCAGUUUUUAAUUGAGAAGAUGGGUAUGAUGGGCUCCCUUCCACUUCCUCAUGGCUACUUCAUCCCCGAUGUAAUAAUAUCAGCGAUUAUUGGUGCUUCAGUUGGUGUGUGUGUCGGACCUAUAUUACCAGUUAUUAGUAAUUGGUUAGCCAGAUCAUCUAUUGUGCAGUUCUUGCUGCAUACGAGUGUGAUUGCCUUGGCCCUUGCAUCACAAUUUUUUCCAUACAGCACGGAUGCACCAAAAAGGGUUGUGUUGCAACAUACUGUUGUUACAACAGAUGCACGGAACUUUAUUGAUACAAGUUAUGAUUUGUCUGUACUGGACUCCAAUGCGUUACCUUUCCUUUUCAAGCAUGCUCCUGAAGUAGCAAAGGAGCUGCGUGUAGAUUCCAAAUUUUCAUUUGAGACCGCCAAUCAGUCUCACCGAGAGACAUUCAUGGCAAUAUAUCCAUUGUCUUUCUUGUUUUCAAGAAGCUUAAAGUUCUCUGCAAGUAGGGAUGAAAUUUCGAGUCAUUAUAAAUAUUUUCCGUAUAUAUCAACUACUAAGCAAGAUACUACUUCAGUGGAUGGUUCUCGCAAAGUUCAUUUGGAAUUUUCAUUGGGUUCCUUGAAGGAGGUAUGGGUUUCGGUUCUCAACAUAACAGGCCCCAUUUCUGGCUGGUCAUUUGCAAACAAUACCCUUCCAGCUCCCGAAAUUGUGAAAGGUACCCCGCCGUCAUAUAUAUGUAGACUAAGUGGCGUAGCCAAGGAAAACUGGUCUUUUUGGCUGGAGACAAAUGGUCCGGGAGAUAUACGUAUUGAAGUUGGUGUUGUAGAACAACACUUGAUGGAAUCCAUGAAGAAAUUGAAGAGCCGUUUUCCAGAGUGGGUGGAUGUCAUUGCAUUUUCAAGUUUUCUAUCGACAUAUAUUUUCUAGUCUAUAUAGAAAUUAUUCACAUUACAAAGUAUUGUAUUGCUAUAGUGAGAGAUAGUAGUGGCAUUAGAAGCUUUGUCUGCUUCGAUGGCGAUGAGAGCGGCGGGCCACCCAGCCAGUACUACAUGAGGCGUCAAUACCCCUUUCGAAAUUUAGAUCUUGUCAUAUAUUUUCAAGUUUUCAUGGAUUUUUAAAUUUUUCUAUAGGUUUUUAAUAUUAAGCCCUCCUUUAAAUUUA